GCGCCAAAAAGGGCGAAGAAGAGAGUGUACAAUCCACAAAACAAGUCUCCUUUUAACCCCAAACUAAACAAAGCGCUCGUCUUUCUCACUCAUCUUUCUCUAUCUUAAUUUGCUGCUGCUGCUGUUGCAAUGGAUUCCAAUCGUGCCGAUUUUACUCAAGACAUCGAAAUUGCAAAAGAUUUUCUCUCCAACUACGCCGAUCUCAACGGUGACGCCAAAUACAUUGCUCUCCUUCAAGAUGUUGCUAACCGCAAGACCAAAGCAAUUGAAAUCGAUAUUGAAGACUUGUUCAAUUACAAAGAUUUGGAUGAGGAAUUUGUUAGGCGAGUGACGGAGAAUACCAAGAGGUAUAUUGGUAUUUUUGCAGAAGCUAUUGAUGGGCUGAUGCCAGAUCCAACAGAAGCUUUUCCGGAUGAUGAUCAUGAUAUCUUAAUGACACAAAGGACUGAGGAAGAGCCUGAUGGAUCGGAAAAAGUGGAUUCUAAACAGAGGAUGCCUCCGGAAAUUAAACGCUUUUAUGAGGUGUACAUUAAAGCUUCUACAAAGGUGCAACCUUUUACAAUCAGGGAGGUGAAAGCUUCAAAUAUAGGGCAGCUUGUAAAGUUAGCUGGUAUCGUAACACGUUGUUCAGAUGUCAAGCCCUUAAUGCAGGUGGCAGUGUAUACAUGCGAAGAAUGUGGAUUUGAAAUCUACCAGGAGGUAACUGCUCGAGUCUUUAUGCCACUAUUUGAGUGUCCUUCCAGUAGAUGUCGCAUAAACAAUGCGAAAGGAAAUCUCAUACUCCAACUCAGAGCAUCAAAGUUUUUGAAGUUUCAGGAGGCAAAGAUGCAGGAGUUGGCAGAGCAUGUCCCAAAGGGCCACAUCCCAAGAACAAUGAGCGUUCAUCUUAAAGGAGAACUUACACGAAAGGUAGCACCUGGUGAUGUUGUGGAGUUAUCAGGAAUUUUUCUCCCUAUACCUUACACUGGAUUUAAAGCAAUGCGGGCAGGUUUAGUUGCAGACACAUACUUGGAGGUUAUGUCUGUCUCCCAUUUCAAGAAAAAAUAUGAGGACUAUGAACUUGAAGGGGAUGAAGAGGAAAAGAUUGCACGUCUUGCUGAAGAUGGUGAUAUAUAUAAUAAGUUAUCUCGUUCUUUAGCACCUGAAAUAUAUGGGCAUGAAGAUAUCAAAAAAGCUCUUCUUCUACUCUUAGUAGGUGCUCCGCAUAGAACACUGAAAGAUGGGAUGAAGAUACGAGGAGAUCUACAUAUUUGUUUAAUGGGGGACCCUGGUGUUGCAAAAAGUCAGCUUCUUAAGCACAUUAUAAACGUUGCUCCCAGGGGUGUAUAUACUACAGGAAAAGGAAGCAGUGGAGUUGGUCUAACAGCUGCUGUUCAGAGGGAUCCAGUAACAAAUGAGAUGGUCUUGGAAGGAGGAGCGUUGGUAUUAGCAGAUAUGGGUAUUUGUGCUAUUGAUGAGUUUGACAAGAUGGACGAUUCUGAUCGAACAGCAAUACAUGAAGUAAUGGAGCAGCAGACUGUUAGCAUUGCAAAGGCUGGGAUUACUACAUCCUUGAAUGCAAGAACUGCCGUCCUCGCUGCUGCUAAUCCUGCCUGGGGAAGAUAUGACAUGCGGAGAACGCCAGCUGAAAAUAUCAACCUGCCUCCUGCCCUGUUAUCUAGGUUUGAUCUUAUGUGGUUGAUCUUAGAUCGUGCUGAUAUGGAUACUGAUCUUGAAUUGGCUAGACAUGUGGUCUACGUCCAUCAAAAUAAAGAAUCUCCUGCUCUUGGGUUCACUCCACUUGAACCUUCUCUUCUUCGGGCAUAUAUCUCAGCUGCACGGAAAGUAUCUCCUUCUGUCCCAAGAGAGCUGGAGGAGUACAUUGCUACGGCCUAUUCCAGCAUUAGACAAGAAGAAGCAAGAUCUAAUACUCCACAUUCCUACACAACCAUCCGAACACUGCUCAGCAUUCUCCGUAUUUCAGCUGCACUAGCACGCCUUCGGUUUUCCGAGACUGUUGCUCAGAGUGAUGUGGAUGAAGCACUUCGAUUGAUGCAAAUGUCAAAAUUCUCCUUGUAUUCAGAUGAUCGGCAAAAGUCCGGUCUGGAUGCUAUCUCUGAUAUAUAUUCGAUCUUGAGAGAUGAAGCUGCCAGGACUAAUAAGAUGGAUGUGAGCUAUGGCCAUGCACUCAAUUGGAUAUCUAGAAAGGGAUACAGUGAAGCUCAACUGAAAGAAUGUUUAGAAGAAUAUGCAGCACUCAAUGUUUGGCAAAUACAUCCCAACACUUUUGAUAUCAGAUUUAUAGAUGCUUGAUGAGUUAUUAUUUGUAAACUAUCAGACAUUGAACGUUGAGAAUUAGUUUAUGAAUCAAACAAACUGCACGAUGUAGAAAAGAUUAAAUGACUUCCGUGACGAGAAUUCUUGACGGGCAGUUUUUGUUGGCAGUUGUAUUGAAUUUAUGUCUUUGUA